CAGGCACAUCGACAGAGAUCUGUGAGCUGUCUGCCACUGCAGAGAUGGUGCAAGGGACUCCCUUCCUCCUGCUGCUCUGCCUGGCUCUGGUGGCUUCUGGCUUCCCUUUCCCAAAGUGUGUGCUGACUGGGACAUGGAUCAACGACCUGCACUCCACCAUGGUCAUUGGGGCUGUGGACAACGGUGGCAACUUCAAUGGUGUCUACCACACAGCUGUGACAGCCACCUCGAACAAGAUCCUGAAAUCACCGCUGAAGGGCUCCCAGCACUCUGCAAACACAAAGAGCCAACCCACCUUUGGCUUCACUGUCAACUGGAACUUUUCAGACUCUGUCACUGUCUUCACCGGACAAUGCUUUGUGGAUAAGAAUGGAAAGGAGGUUUUGAAGACCAUGUGGCUGCUGAGGUCACAUGCGGACACCAUCGGUGACGACUGGAAAGCAACUCUGGUUGGCACCAACGUCUUCAGGAGAACGCAACAUGAGAAGGAGUGA